AUGGGCUACGCGCGCUUCGGCGCCAGCCUGUACAAGCUGCACUCGGAGGCUCUGGACUGGGAGGGGGCGCGCAGGGCGUGCGCCAGCGAGGGCGCCCACCUGGCCGUCGUCCACUCCAGCUACGAGGCCUCCGUUCUCCAGCGGCUGUUCGGGGCGCGCCUGCUCUACAAGGACUCGCCGCGCGCCGACUUCGCCUUCAUCGGAUUCCACGACCAGUUUAACGAGGGCCAGUACCUCACAAUUUACGGAGAACCUCUGUACACGCUGGAUUACUCUCGCUGGUGGUCGAAGGGUCCGGACAACGUGGGCCAGAAUUUCAUGGGAAAUCCAGGGGAAGACUGUGGGGCCAUUCACAGGGACGGCGGACUCAAUGAUCUCCCGUGUGGCCAGAAAAAUGCAUUCUUCUGUGAAGUGGAAACCAGCGAGUAUCUAUCACCUGCUGGCAUCGACUACAGCGCUGGAGCAUACAUUGGGUUCGAGGCCGUACCGAAACCACUUCCUGGACGAGUUCAACGAAAAAGACCUGGACCGGGUUACGAGUUGUUCCCAGGAGUGGGUUUCUACAAGUUCCAUACUACAACAGAUACGUGGGAAAAUGCACGCCGCAAGUGCGAAGCAGAAGGCGGCCACUUAGCCAUUAUCAAUUCUGAAAUGGAAGCUUCAACGCUGCAGACCAUAUUCAAGAGGCAUCCUGUCAUACAUGACACAGUAUGGAAUGACUUCGCACUGGUUGGAUUCCACGAUCAGUUUAAUGAGGGGCAGUAUGUCACUAUAUACGGUGAGCCAUUAUCAACUACAGGCUACCAUCGUUGGUGGUCUGUGAGCAGUCCUGACAACCUGGGCUAUAGCAGCAUAAGUGCAGGUGAAGACUGUGGUUCUGUUCAUCGCAAUGGUGGCUUGAAUGACAUUUCGUGCUACAUGAAACAUGCUUUUUUCUGUGAGCAGGAGUUGCUGGAAUAAGUUUUCACGGUUAAUUUAUGUAAAAAAGAGAGCUAUCUCACGUUUUCACUGGUGUUGG